AUGAAGUUCUUUAUUACAGCUGCUAUCCUCUCUGUCGCUGUCCCGUUCACUCUUGCUGAUUUCUUACCCUCAUUGUUGAAUGCUGCACCUACCAGCUCAGAUGUCAAGGAGCGUAUUGCUCCUCCCGCUAAUGCUACUUUGUAUGAUGUCUGGUACGCCGAGGGCAGACGUGUGUAUCAAUGUAAUCCUGAAUUGAAGGGCUUCCUACACUGGUACAAUGUUCAAACACAAGCCUUUCUCUAUCCUACCAAUGGUGAACAAGCUCCAUUUGAUGUUGCUGGUAAAGAAGUCGGCCAAAUGUCUGCUGCUCCAUUGAAUCCUGAGCACCAAGAAGCGAACCCCAUUGAUACUACACCUGUUAUUUACUACUACAAGGAUGGAUCAUGGCUUGGAACUGGAAGACCUCUUGUAACUACCACUAAAGAAGAAGGCCGAGAGGAGCGCGGUGACAGCGUUCAUUUGGAUGAUCAUCUUGCUGCCGUUUCCAAGUCUUCCACGGAUGGUUAUUUGUCUCAUGCAAAGUACAUUGUGCGUCUCGGUUCUAUUGAUGGCGUUGUGCCUCCUGCUGAUGACUGUACUCAAAAGGGCAUGCUUGUUACUAAGCCGUUCAAUGCCUACUAUAUGUUUUACACUGAUGCCGAAGGUGUGAAUCAACUUGCUGAAGAGAAGAAGGAAUGGGAAAGAAUGGUGAUGGAGUAUACCCCUGAGAAAUUAGCUGCUGGAGAGAAGAAAAAGAUGGAGGCUGCUGAGUCUUACAUUGCUGCUGAACAGAAGAAGGAGGAAGUUGCUCAAGAGGAGGCUCCUAUGUCUGUUGUUCAAGAGGAGGCUCCUAUGUCUGUUGUUCAAGAAGAGGCUCCUAUGUCUGUUGUUCAAAAGGAAGCUGCUAAUCUCAAAGCGCCUGCUGCUCCAGAGAGUGCCAUGUAA